GUGUCUGCGUGCAUUCCUGUUCUUAGACUGGCCAGAACCCGUAAGAAGGUUUUGUUUUACUGUCACUUUCCUGAUCAGCUCCUGACCAAGAGAGAGUCUUUCCUGAAGCGCCUCUACAGAAUACCACUCGACUGGCUGGAAGAGUACACCACUGGCAUGGCAGACUGUAUUGUUGUGAACAGCAAGUUUACUGCCGGUGUGUUCAAAGACACAUUUAAGUCCCUAACUCACAUAAACCCAGAUGUCCUCUACCCAUCCCUCAACAUCAGUAGCUUCGAAACGAUCAUUCCUGCAGACAUAGCUGACCUGAUACCAAAAAAGAAAAAGUUCUUGUUUCUUUCCAUUAAUAGAUAUGAGAGAAAAAAGAAUUUAGCUUUGGCUCUUGAAGCCUUGCAUGAGCUUCGAGGAAGACUUGAUUCGCACCAGUGGAAUGAAGUUCACCUGGUUAUGGCAGGUGGCUAUGAUAAGCGAGUUCUGGAAAACGUGGAGCACUACGAAGAGCUGAGGAGACUUGCAGCCAAGCUUAACAUUAAUGACUGUGUGACUUUCUUGAGAUCAUUCUCAGACGAACAGAAAAUCUCUCUUCUCGGCAACUCUGUAUGUGUGCUUUAUACACCAAGCAAUGAACAUUUUGGCAUUGUCCCUUUAGAGGCAAUGUAUAUGAGAUGUCCAGUUAUAGCAGUUAAUUCAGGUGGUCCUUUAGAAUCAAUCUUGCAUAAUGUUACAGGAUUUUUGUGUGAUCCUCUGCCAACCCAAUUCGCUGAGGCCAUGGAAAAAAUUGUGAGAGAUCCUCUCUUGAAGGACACAAUGGGAGCUGCUGGGAGAAUGAGAGUUAUGGAAAAGUUUUCCUCAGAAGCAUUCUCAGAACAGCUGUACCAAUACAUAUGCAGACUAACAAAAUAAAACUAUAU